AUGUCUCCACAAUAUCGGCUAUCGAGCUUCCACUUCGGCCCCAAAUUCUUUGAGUGGCUGAAUACUAUCUUGACGGCGGUAAUGGAGCCUCUGCUCCAGUAUAUUAACCAUGAUGCAGUCUCGGCCGAUGACCCCCGUGAAGCCGCUGCGGGUUUGGACCAACAAGACAACCACGGCAGCCUCCGCGGUGCUCCAGCGGGAGCUCAACAGCUUAAUCCGGCACUGGUUGUUUUUUUAAACACCAUCCUCAUACGAGAAUUUUACGGCCGCUUUGAAAACAUCGGACCCGUGUUAGUGAAGAGUUACGCCAAAGUCAUGCCAUACCGUCAGCUCUUGCAAUCCAUUCAGUUGCCGUUGAACGUUUUGAUCAACGAGUAUCGGCGCGGCGGUCGAGACCGCGUGAGGCCAAUGCUCAGAGCUUGGACUGGCCUCCUAGAGUGGAUUCUUGAAACCCAAAAGGAUCAAAAGAUUCUGCAGGGUGCGGGUGACAAUUUUAUCGCCGCCUUAAACGACCACACUGAGCGAGGUGAGAUUCAGGAGGUGAAGUAUUAUUCCCUGACCGGAAUCGAGACGACCCUGUGCGUGGUGGAGAUGGAUAACAAGCGGGCGGCCAGCGUAACAAUGGACGUCUUUGUUCGAGGACUUGAAAUCGCGCCGACCUGUCCUUAUGCCGCGCAGUUUGCUGCGAUAGUGGAGGAUACCUUCCAGAAGAUCAACCUCUCAAUAACUGCCCUCUCACUUGUCCAAAAGCGGCUGUCCUUGAAUACACGCCCACAUGCCUGGCUCACCAUGGUUUUCGGCUGGGAGGGAGAUCCAUGGCUACUCGAAGUGUCGGUAGAAACAGCAGCGGUACUUCUACAGUGGCCAGCUCAGCAAACCGACUGA